CGGAUCCGAUGAUAACUUACCGUAUUGUAUUUGCAUUCGUGGGUUUUAUUCAAUAUCAAGACUUUUGAGGAUUUGGUGGAAUGAAGUGAUUCUAUACUCUCAAAGCAACCUCAUGGAUCAUCAACUUCCGCAGCAAGAUAGACAACCAGGUUCCCUGGACGGAAGGUCUGCCAUCAAAGAGCUAAACUUCUUCUCCAGCGACCGGCUCCGAAGUGAUGCCAACCAUGGUAGAGCUGGCGUUCCAGAUUCGGCGAAGCUCGAUCCUCUCGAUGACGUAAUCGGGGGUAGUGCAAUGGAUUUUCUCACCCUAAGAACUAGUGUUCUGUGGAGAGAUCAUCAAGAAGAGACCAAAGCCACUAGCCAACUGAGAUCUUUGAGGGUCAAACUUGAGGAAUUAAAGGAUGAGAAUCAAAAGCUAAGGAGCACCUUGGAGCGGGUCUCCAAAAGUUACGCUGUUGUUCAAGCCCAGCUUGUUCUAGUUAUGCAAAGAAAGGCAUCAAUCUAUCACAAGUUCAAAGAAGAGGUGCUUGCUAAUGCCGAGGUGUCGCCUUUUGGUGAUACUUUGAGAGAGAGAUCGGAGCCAUCCGUGAAAGCUAGGAUAAUAGAUCAACAAUGUGAAGAUCAGAGCAUGGUGAAUUACAUAGGGAGGAAAAGAGCAUUGUCAUCAACAAACGAGACUAGCCCUGAUGAUGGUCAAGCAUAUCGGUCUGUAAGGACCUUAGAAAGUCACAAUAUGGCAAGAGGCAAGAACAUAGUAAAAGAAGAACAAGAAGAAGAAGAUUCUGAUAGUAAUCGAGAUCAGGUUUCCGGUCAUGAGGGUUCUUAUAGAAAGACGAGGGUGUCGAUAAGGGCGCGAUCUGAUGCACGUACGAUAAGUGAUGGGUGUCAGUGGAGGAAGUACGGUCAAAAACUCGCGAAAGGAAACCCUUAUCCGCGAGCCUACUAUCGUUGCGCGAUGGCCAUCGGUUGCCCGGUUCGUAAACAGGUCCAAAGAUGCGUGCAAGACAAGACCAUCCUAAUAACAACAUACGAAGGGAAGCACAACCACCCCCUUCCUCCAGCGGCUGCCAUCCUUGCUAACACCACCUCCACUGCUGCCACAAUGCUGCUCUCUGGCUCAACCGCAACCACCCCCAACAGCAGCAACAACCCUAACUUCCUCUCAAGCUCCAACUUCUUGUUCCCACAUCACCUCCUGUACAAUAACUCCACCACCAUGGCUUCCCUUUCUUCUUCAUCCCCUAAUUGCCCCACAAUCACGCUUGACUUAGCCCGAAAUCCGGUCAUCAAUAACUACGCUCUACAAAACCAUAGGAUCCUUUCGUCAAUACCCAAUUAUCAGACACUGAAUAACCCUCCUUUCAGUCCUCAUUCCAAUGAUCGCACCGGUUUCCUAAGGCAUCCACUGAUCCACAUGUUGCCACCACCACAAGUGCAUCACUUGCUAUUAAGCAAUGAAUGCCCUUCUUCAUUGAGGGGUAAUGUUGGAGCGGCUCUCGCUAGCGACCCUAGUUUCGGUUGCACAGUAGCCAUGGCCAUUUCUUCAAUAAUAGGUGCAAGCGCGACUCCUCACGGAAUGGUCAACAAUGAUACGAAUGGCCGCACCAACAUCAGCUCUAGCACCAGCACCAUUGUUGCCCGUGAUGAUGCCUCUUGACUCUAUAUUGUCGGCUAUAUAAACGUCCAUUCUAUUCAAUGCACCGUUUUCUCGGAACCUUGUGAGGAUUGUGUAAAUAUAUAGCGCAUUGGCGUUGUAUCGCUGCUUUUAGACGAUGUGUGUAUAGUUGAAGGGCAUUUAUUUGUUCUCAUAGGACCCACGAAUGAAUUCAUGUGUUAAUAGGAAAGAGGUUAUUCCUAUAGGUUUCUCGUCAAAGCUUUGUUUGAGUUAUGUGUGAAAGGCUCCUUUUGGCUUUUUACUAAGCAUACUCUAAUCCUCUCAAUUAGCAUAUUAGAAUUAUGUCCGUGUCCCCCUUUCAUCUUGUAUGCCUCUCUUUAUUUAACCUGAACUUUUAUUGUACCAAAGUAGUAUGAACCUAUGGAAAACGGAGUUUG